AGAGUCCAUAGUGAAAUUUCCCUCCUUUGCCUGCCACGCUGAGGACUUCAGAGAGAAGCCUCAAGACAACUUCGCCCUCUUCUUUAAGCUCGCCACAACACAACAUCACCACCGUCGCUUCUGCUACCGCGUCAUCUUGGUUGUGUUCUUCCUUUUCUCUCCUUGUAAAUCUCGAAAGAUUUUGUCUUUGAUCGCCGUCCGAAGCAAAUGGAAAGUGGUGGUGCUGAAAAAAUUCCUGGAAUUAUCAAGGCUGAAGCCUCUGAAACCACCAUUGAAAUCAAAAUAAAAACUCUAGACUCACAAACCUAUACUUUGAAAGUGGAUAAACAGGUACCUGUUCCUGCUUUGAAAGAACAGAUUGCCUCUGUAACUGGUGUUUUAUCUGAGCAACAACGUCUAAUAUGUCGUGGAAAAGUUCUGAAGGAUGAUCAGCUCCUCUCUGCUUAUCAUGUUGAGGAUGGUCACACCUUGCAUAUGGUGGUCAGGCAACCAGCCCUCCCCUCAUCUAAUGGUGGCCAUAACCAUCCAGGUACAAGCCGAAGUCAUGGAAAUCAGGUAGCUCCUAGUGUUGUAAUUGAGACUUUCAAUGUUCCUGAUCCAGGGGAUGGAGUUCCUCCAGAAGUCAGUCAGAUUGUCUCAGCUGUUCUCGGUUCUUUUGGAUUUUCAAAUAUUGGAGGUGUUAGUAAUGGAAUUGAUGUCAGGGAUCCUGCAUUGCAAAGACUUGAAAGAACGCCAGUUGUUAGUGGUAUGUCAGAUUCAACUCAGCCGCAAUUUGAACAAGCUGGCAUGAGGAUAUCCAAUAGACUUCCAAGUGCCUUCGGAAUACCAACAGCAGUUUCUUUGGGGUCUUUGCAGCCUCAUGUGAUUCCUGAUUCAUUGACCACCUUGUCCCAAUAUUUGAGUAAUAUAAGGCGCGAAUUAGAUGGAAUUGGCAGGGGAGGGAGUAACAAUUCUCAAGCAGCCACCACGGAUAUGACUGGAGAAAGAGAUUCUAGUUCUUCAUCACAUUCAGGGACUGCACAAGAAGGUCUUCCAACACCUGCAACUUUGGCAGAAGUCAUGCUGUCCACUAGACAGAUGCUCGUUGAACAAGUUGGAGAGUGUCUACUUCAACUUGCUGGGCAACUGGAGAAUCAGGCGAAUGUGACUGAUUCAUCUGUACGGAUGAGCACACAAUCUACUGCAUCAGGAACUGGAUAUCUACUUUAUAAUCUAGGUGCUUUUUUGCUUGAACUUGGUCGUACAACCAUGACUGUGAGAUUAGGUCUAACUCCGUCUGAAGCUGUGGUCAAUGCUGGUCCUGCUGUAUUCAUAUCUCCUUCUGGUCCUAACCCUCUUAUGGUUCAACCUCUUACUUUUCAACCGGGAACAAGCUUUGGUGCCAUCCCCACGGGGUCUGUACAGUCUGGCACUGGUUUGGUUAAUGGGCGUGGUUCUGGAUUUCUUCCAAGGCGUAUUGAUAUACAAAUACGAAGAGGUUCAUCAAUGGCGACUUCUAACGCUAAUCGAGAAGAACAUGCUAAUACUCAGCAGCCCUCAGGGCGAGGUAACUCAGCAACUGGUCUUGGUAAUCCUGAAAAUCCUGGCAAUCAAACAACUUCAAGGAUCUCGGAGGGUUCAUCUUUCACUGGAGAGUCUGGAGUACGGGUAGUGCCAAUUAGGACCAUGGUAGCAGCAGUGCCUGCUCCCUUCAGUCGGCUACCUUCAGACUUAUCGGGUAACCCUGUAGGGUUAUACUAUCCAGUUCUUGGAAGAUUUCAACAUGUAGCUUCUGGACAUGUAACUGGUGAACGAGGAUUUCAAGCAACUGAUGGGCAUACUGAGCGGCCAUCUGCUCCUGAGUCUGUGGUGCAGUCACAAAACAGUGAGGAUCCUGCAAGAAAUGGAUCAUUACCAAAUCUGAACUCAAGACAACAGGAACCGUCUAGUGGACGCAGUGUAAAUAUCAGCAUUCUUUCUGCCAGUGGGACCCAAAACAGCCAAGAACCUGAGCGCCAAAUCCCAGGUACUGUACUGCGAUUCCUGAGGAAUCUUUUUCCUGGUGGCGAAAUCCAUGUAGAAGAUGCAAGUUUACAGGGGACAGCUUCGGGUUCUGUUCCCGAGCCAGCAACCAUAUCUGCCCCAGAUCGUGCUGCUACAGCCAGUGGACCUUCAGAAGCGGAAGCAAGUGUCAGUGAUGAAGGGAUAUUUUUAUCUAACUUGCUUCACCAGAUCAUGCCCAUCAUAUCUCAACAAUCUAAUGCAGCUCAAAUGGUAGCGUCUUCUGAGGGAGCAGAUACUUCUGAACAUAGAAUGGAGCAAGAAUCUUCCACCCAUGCUGAGAGUUCUAAUGUUGGGACAUCGCGUCGGCCAAUUGAUUCUGAACAGAGUGCACCAAACUCCAAAAGGCAAAAGAGAGAGUGAGUAAUGAUACAACAGAGGAAUUAUAAGCAACAGCACCCUUGUUUGUGGAAGUAGUGAUUGAGAUUUUGAGCGGCUAUGAAUAAUGCAUUUCUUCUACCCAGAAUGGCGGCAUGCCUCGUUUGAUCGAAAUUGGUUUUAUUUUUCUUUCUUCUCUUUCAUACGAGCGGAAUAUUGUGAGAUUUCAUAAAGUGAUAGGUUUUCCGAUGGUGCAAAACAGUAGUCGUUCGAUGUUAUAGGCAUUCAUGCUGUCCAACUUGAUUUAUCCUUCUGCAGCUCUUUAGUAUCCUGUUUGUUGUCUUUAUGGAAAUUAAAGCAAAAUCUAUUUAUGUUUGAUAUUCCAUCAAGAGAAAUUGUUAGUGAAGUUCAAUUUUGUCUG